GCGAAUCAGGACGCGUGGCGGCGAUGCCGGAGCAGCAGAGUAUAUAAGAGCUUCCAAGAUGCCACUGAUCGGUCAUUCGUGCACUUUGCUGCCAGCGCUCUCCUGCACAUCGCCUCUGCUGCGCGCCCCGCAGCGUGGGCUCGAUCCUCCGCAGCUGCGCCUCACAUGUAGACCACACUCCGGCUGUCCAAAAGCUCGGCUCGGGAUUUCUGUCGGAUCUCUCUCUGUCUCCAUCGUGCGCUUCGGCCGAGGCGGGUUUCUCCACAGCAGAAGUUUGUGAAAGAAGAGUCCCGGUGCGCGCAGGAUGCUCCGCGGCGCACAGAGCAGCGAGCGCGGAUCCCUGCGAGUGACUCCACGUGAAGUUGUUGGUAUGAGGCAGCGAGCGCAGACGGGCUUUUCUCUCGGUUAGGGUCACCAAGCAAGUAGCCGACAGUCCGGGGACGAUGGAUUCUCCGAGCCUGUCCGUGAACGCUGUGUCCUACACCGUGGCCGCGGAACUCCCCGCCACCGACGACCCCUUCAAUGCGCCCAUCAAGAACAUCGCGCCGUGGAACUUCACCAUCCUGGCGGUGCUCAUGUUCGUGGUCACCUCGCUGUCCCUGAGCGAGAACUUCCUCGUCAUGUUCGUCACUUUCAAGUUCAAGCAGCUCAGGCAGCCCCUGAACUACAUCAUAGUGAACCUGGCCAUCGCUGACUUUCUGGUCUCCCUCACCGGUGGAGUAAUAAGUUUCCUGACGAACUCCAGGGGUUAUUUCUUCCUUGGGAAGUGGGCUUGCAUCCUGGAGGGGUUUGCUGUGACUUUCUUCGGGAUCGUAGCCCUGUGGUCUCUGGCCGUUCUGUCCUUCGAGCGGUUUUUCGUGAUCUGCCGCCCCCUGGGGAACAUCCGGCUGCAAGCGAAGCACGCCAUCCUGGGUCUGCUGUUCGUCUGGACCUUCUCCUUCAUCUGGACCUUCCCUCCUGUGCUGGGCUGGAACAGAUACACCGUGAGCAAGAUUGGAACAACCUGUGAGCCUGACUGGUAUUCAACCAACAUGACGGCUCACAGCUACAUCAUCACUUUCUUCACCACCUGUUUCAUUUUCCCUCUGGGAGUGAUAUUCUUCUGCUACGGGAAACUCCUCCGCAAGCUCAGGAAGGUGUCUCAUGGUCGCCUGGCCAGCGCCAAGAAGCCGGAGCGACAGGUGACCCGCAUGGUGGUGGUCAUGAUCGUUGCAUUCAUGGUGGGCUGGACGCCGUACGCAGCCUUCGCCAUCCUGGUCACAGCUCAUCCGACCAUCCAACUCGAUCCCAGGCUGGCCUCUAUCCCCGCCUUCUUUUCCAAGACAGCCGCUGUCUACAACCCAAUCAUCUACGUCUUCAUGAACAAACAGUUCCGGAAGUGCCUAAUCCAGCUCUUCACCGGCAAGGGGACCAUACCCAACAGCAACAUGAACCAGACCUCUGAGCGACCAGGAAUUACCGCAGAGAGUCAAACAGGAGAAAUGUCAGCAAUCGCAGCCCGCAUCCCUUUGAGCGGCAAUGCAUCACCCAGGUCUGACGAUUCCCCGACCGACUGCGGCUCGUUUGCCCAGCUGCCCAUCCCAGAGAACAAAGUGUGUCCAAUGUAACACACCCAAUAGGCGUUCUGUUACUGUCUACUGACCCUGAGAGCCCAUAGUAACCAUCUGUAAUCUAGAUACAGUGUGUUUCUGAAACUGUUAGACAGUUACAGAACUUGGGGAGAUGGACAGUGCAAAGCAGAGUCAGCUCUUGAAAGGUUUUCAAAGUGGAUGGAUCAGGCAAAUUUUUUUAUGUCACUCGAAAAAAAGUAAUUAAGGACGGAGACUAAACACAAAAGAAGGGUUUUGUGCUCUAGCAUGUUUCAGUUGUUUGUUCAAUGUUUGACUAAAAAAGGCACAACAGCUAGGACAAGAAGGAGACAUACCAACAGAAACGCUCUGAGCUUUAUCCACAAGUUAUCUAUGUAAAUAUUUGCUUGCUGGACACGCUUCUGUCAUAAUAUUAGAGAAUAACUUGAAUGUUCUCGUGACCAUCAUUACAAACCUGCCCGUGUGUAACAUCAGAGGACACUUGAUUCGACUUGAUAGCGUCAGCCUUCAUAUCCUCGUGAAAAAAAGAGACUGCUAAAAAUGCAAACCUUGACAUCAGUUAGUAUAGGGCUAGCCAGUGUUAUUUUUUUUUAAAAGCGCCACAAUGCAUCCAGCCUUUCAUCUCGUCCUCGCCUUCUCCUUUGAAGCCCUGUGAUGGCGCUUGCAGAGAAAGCGUUGUUUUUCUAUGCUGUUUCAGUACUUUGGCAGCACAUCCUCAUUCAUCUCUGCUCGUCAAGAGGAUGCAGCAGCCUUUCUGAAUUUGGAUACUUUUACUUUACUUUAGUCCUUCGUGGACUAGUUUGUGUCAAAGCUUUCAUCUUUUAGUGAAGAUGGUCAAUGGGACUUCGAGAUGCCAGUCUCCUGUUGUCUCUUUUGCAGAUGUAGUAGGACAACAUAUUUAUGAAGUGCCAGCAGGGGAUAAACAAACACACAGACAUGCACACAACUAAGUAGCACAGCACACACACAUGAACACACACAGAUUGCAAUUCACUGCCUUUAUUACAAUAAGCUCUCUAAAGGCACUGUGAAGGUGAUAAAGCACCAACAAAUAUCUUAGCACAAGAGUAGCAAACAAAGAAGCAAUGAGUAUUCCCACCAUUAGCACAGGUCAACAGCAAUAUAAAAGCUAACUACGGUCACACAGUUGAACACUUCACCGUUAGCUACAGUAGAUGUAGCAAUGACUUGUAAAAUGUCUUCUUCUUCACUUUGUGGUGCAUGUUUGUUCACUAUUACUGGAUAUUUGUCGAAACACUGUUGUAUUCUCUAUGCUGCACAGCGAUUCACUGUGUUGAAAAAGUAGCACUAUUGUGUCUGUCUGCCAUGAACUAAGUGUGCGUUCUAAUCAUGUCCGGUCACUCUGUCUGUUAGAGGUGACAUUCAGCAUCUUUUGAGUAUCAAUGCCUCUGUGUCAAACUAAAUGUGAUGCCUACUGCCUUUGAAGCAUAACAACAUGAGGCCAUGGUGAAGACAACUGCCAAGUCAGCCUCUAUCUCACAUGUUUUUCCCAGAAUUAAGAGCUAAUAUUUCAUUAACGCUGUUGCUUUGUUUUUAAUUUCAAAAUCACAUGUUUUUGACAUUUUUGGAACAUAAACAUGCACUUAUCAUUAUUUUAGUAUUUGCUAAAUGCUUUUGUGAAAGGGUUCAUCAUGUUGGUAAAAUCCCACUCAGCAGUGUUAUGCUAAAAGGACGAGUUCCUCUUUGGUUUUACAGCUGCACACUCACUGUAUGGUUCAAGCUCACUUGUCUUUUCAACUCCAUGUCAUCAGCAGGUAAUAAGCUACCUGCUGAGCUGUAAUGGUGAAUAGGCUGUGCCUCAAUUUGCAUUCUCCCAUAACAAGUAUAGCAACAUGCAGUGCAUAUUCCCUGAUGGUGUAUUCAUAAAGGCAAGGUCACACAUACGCAAAUGUCAUUCACUUCCAAUCUGUGUGAGUGAGGAGGUGAAUAAAACAUUUGUUUCCUGGGGUGAAGCAAAUUGUAGCAUAGCUUCAUGUGGUGUUUAACUUUGGUGAACAUUGACCCACAAUAUUCACUUUGCAAUUGUGUAUGUGUGAGCAGACUCUACGCGUCAAACAGUAGGAAUGAGAAACACUGGAAAUUUACCAUCCUCAACGGUCGCCAUCUUGGCCUCCCAUCUUAGGGACCACCAAGGUGGUUUUAAAGUUGUGAAAAUGACGGCCAAGAAAGGAUACAUCAGCGCAGAUGGCGGUGUAAUUUCCAUUAUCACUUAAAAUGGUACAAAAAAGUAAAACAAUUAUUUUUAAGUCAAGUGAGCAAAGCAGUGGGUAGAUAUUUUGACAAGAAAAUCACUGUCAAACGUUGCGAUCACCGUUUCCAGGAAGUACACAGUGUAUGAGAUUGAAUGAACUUUUGCAACUAGCUUGUGAAAAAAGUUUCUAUUAUGUUCUCAAAACUUGGUAAGAACAAAAUUAAAACAUGGAUUUUUAGAUUAACAUGAAUAAGAUGGCCAAAAAAAUGACUAUGAACAAAAGCUAUUAUUUUCUGGUUCUCUGUAUGUGAGAGUAAGAUGACAACUGCAUGCUUACACAUUAGCCAUAAUAAUCUAAUAUGGUGGCACCGCCCUACAAAAAUGUAUGAAUUCCAUUUGUGUUUAUUUUUUUUACUAUGCCAAGCUUUCAACAGAUACACCCUAUAUGUUGUAGUAUAUAAGAUCAUUUCUCAAUUCCAGUACGGACAUAUUUUGUGUUUUAACAUCAGUAUUACACUCAACCUCCUUCAAAUUUGCAAACGGACAAUCAAAUGGUUAUUACCUGAUUGUUUGGUAUAAAUACAACAUGUUAAGGCAGAAUUUGCUAACACUUCAUGUGUUUCUUGGUGCAGCUGACAAACACAAAAUAUGUAUCAACAAUUUUUGUGUUUGACAUGCGACCAAUCAAUAGAUGUGAACAAGCCAAACAUAAACCUGACAAUGAAGCGUGGCUUCAAAUGAUUUGUACUCUGACCUCUGCUGUAAGGUCAAUUAAGUGUCAUGUCAUAAAUGUAGAUUUUACAUGGAGUUAUUGACUGAAAAGCUUAAUGUGUGGUUUCUGUGUGGAGUUUGCUGUGGUUGCUGAUCUCCCAGUGAGCCAACGGCUUCAUCCAAAAAUGAGCAGCAGCACAGAGCCAGAAAACACACAACAUGUGAACGUACCAAGCAGCCCAUCAAUACAGCCCCUACAGUCACAGUCAGGCUUUCUGUGUCGGACAAGGUUCAAGAAAUUAGUAGCACAAAACAUUUGAAUCCACUGUGCUACAUUGUGACUUAAAAUGUAUGCUGGUUGCUCAUAUGUGGAUGACAUGGCCAUGUCUUGCUAGUCAUCAAUAUUACAUCUGGUCAGUAACCCCUACUAUCUACUGCUGUGUCAUAAAGAAAAAAACAAGUUUGUGUUUAAAUGUCCUCAAACUCUAUCUUCCUUAUCAGAAAGUUGCACUUAACUGUUCCCCCACCACCUUCACACACACAUACACUCGUCUUGUUGUAGAUACAGUAGGUGCGUUGGGGGCUUUUGGAAGCAAUGACUUCACCUUGAAGAUCAGACAGGAUAUAAAUCAAACAAAGCUGCCAGUGUGUUACAUUUCGGUGCAAGGAAAACAGACUGCGCUGCAUGCUGAUAAAGGGGCUGAACACUUCCUACAUGUAUAGAUCUGUUAAAGCUCCUAUUUCUCACCUCCUCACCCUGAAUAUCAAGCAACUCUGCCCGUCUGUUGUAUUGUACUUACAAAGGCAUGUCAAGACUUGUUAUGCUGUACGUUUGUUUGUGUCAUGAGUACUUCUGUCUUGAGUUUGAUUUACAUGGUUUAAAGGUCAUAGAUGCACGCUGGUUAUAAACAUGUCUGUAUUAAAGUAUAUUUUUUGAAAAGCAA